CAUCUGCCACCAUUGUUGGUUAUAUUUAAGGAGGUUUAGAGAGCUUGGGUGUGUGUAAGUUGUAAUUAAGUCGAUCCAUAUAUUUUUCAAUAUGAACAACGGCUCCAAAAUCUCACCUCUAACCCGAGGAAAAGCAAUCAGAUGUCGAGCUGCGGUUUGCAGACAACCGGGAGAGCCACUUGUUAUAGAGGAAAUUGAAGUUGAUCCUCCAAAAAUUGGGGAGGUUCGAAUCAAAAUUCUUUGCACUUCCCUCUGUCAUUCUGACGUUACCGUCUGGAAUAUGAGACAAGGACUUUUCUCAUUCCCCAUCAUUUUUGGACACGAAGCUGUCGGAAUCGUUGAAAGCAUAGGAGAAGAAGUGGAGGAAGUGAAAGAAGGGGAAAUGGUGUUACCUGUAUAUCAAUCAAAUUGCAAAGAGUGUAAAGAAUGCAAGAAUUGGAGGACCAACAAAUGCAGUGCCUUUGGGGACAAAAUUGGAAUGGGAAUGCCAAGAGAUGGCACAAGCAGGUUUAAGGAUUUAAAUGGACAGCCUUUGAACCAUUUCUUAUAUGUUUCAAGCUUUUCUGAGUAUACAGUUGUUGAUAUUCACAACCUUGUUCCAAUCAAUCCAAAGCUUCCUAUAGACAAGGCCGCCUUGUUUGGCUGUGGAGUCCCUACUGGGAUUGGAGCUGCGUGGAACGUCGCUGACGUAGACGAGGGUUCCACCGUGGCUAUCUUCGGUUUAGGGUUUAGGGUUCCACCGUGGCUAUCUUCGCUGAAGUUAUUAAAGAAGAAACUGACGGGGGAGCAGAUUACUGCUUUGAGUGUGUUGGGUUGGCUUCCCUCAUGGAAGAAGCUAUCAAAAGUAGUAGAGAGGGAUGGGGAAAGGCAGUGAUAUUGGGAGUGGAGAAAGAUGGAAGGCCAUUCACAGUGAACUCAUUUGAAAUAAUAAAUGGGAUCACCAUCACAGGAUCUCUUUUUGGAGGUCUUAAGCCUAAAUCCGAUCUUCCAAUGCUUAUUCGACAGGAACUUUACUUGGAUGGGUUGAUAUCACAUGAAGUUGAGUUUGAGGACAUCAACAAAGCAUUUGAUUUGCUACUCUAUGGAAGAUCACUUCGUUGCCUCAUUUGGAUUGAUCAUUGAUUCCAACCAUACAUCACAUCUUCGUUUAUAUUAUCAAUUUUUCUUUAUCAUUAAUACGUGUUCAAUUCAACUGACACUUAUAUGCACUUGAGAAAAAUAGAUCAUGACUCACCUCAAAUUAUACUACAGCACCUUUUCAAAAUAAUUAAUGGAAAUUGAAUAA